GCCUAAAAUCCAACGCAAGGUUCCUAAACUACUCUUAGACUUAAUGAAUGAGUGUUUGGAUGCGAAACAAGAAAAUCGACCAGAUGCUAGAAUUUUAGUAGAUAAACUGAAACAAUAUCGACAAUAUAUAACAAAUAAAGAUAAAUUACACGAGCAAGUUGAGGAAAUUGAGGAAAUUGAAAAUUCACAGACUUAUAAAUAUAAUCCAAGAGAAUUAUCUUAUCAAACACACAAACAAGCCAUUUAUACAAGUAGACAUCUUAAUUUUCAUAAGCUUCCUGAACCAGUGAAUGCAG